AUGGCUCCCGCCCGCCGCGUUCUUGCGGUUGCGCUCGCCGCCCUGCUCGGUGGAGUCUCCCAGGCUUCUUACACCGAGCAACCCGCUUGCCCCAAGCCCUUCACGCCUUUCCAGUGCGCUGGCUGUGUUGCUACCAAGGAUGGUAGCAGCCCCUUCGACUUCCGCUCUUCCGCCGACCAGAGCUCCAUGACUGUUGCUAAGUGUACUGCUGUUUGCAAGGGUAACUCGUACCGUUACGCGGCUCUCACUUACUACGGUGUCUGCUACUGUGGUAAUGUUGAGGCCGGCGAGCAGGUCCACGUCAACCAGUGCAACUACAAGUGCAGUGGGGAUUCAUCCGAGUCUUGCGGUGGUCAGAAUGCUUUCUCCGUCUGGGAGGAUCCCACAUUCGGCAAGGGUCCUGAUGAGGUCACCGUCGGUGACUACCAGUCUCAGGGCUGCUACACCGAUAACAGCAGCCACGGCCGUACUCUUGGCCAUCCUUUCACCGUUGCCGACCUGACCCCCGACAAGUGUAUCUCUGCCUGCAAGACUGAAGGUUAUGCCUAUGCUGGUGUUGAGUACGGCGGCGAGUGUUGGUGCGACUCUAACCUGAACCCGUACGCGACCAAGGCCGGCGACUCGGAAUGCAACAAACCUUGCAACGGUGACAGCUCCAAGACUUGCGGUGGCAGCCAGCGCAUCAAUGUCUACUUCGCCAAAGAUCUCGCCUCAACUGAGCCCUGCACGGUCGGUCCCAACCCUUCUUCCAGCGUUGGCCCGUCUAGCUCCGCUACCUCGACUGGUCCCAGCACAGCUACUGGCAGUACCAGCUCUGCCCAGCCUACCGGCACCAGCUCCUCCGGUCCUGCUACCUCGUCUACCGGCACUGGCGGCCCUAGCAGCACCGGACCCAGCAGCACCGGCCCUGAGCCAAGCUCCUCCGGCCCUGCUACCUCGUCUACCGGCACUGGCGGCCCUAGCAGCACCGGACCCAGCAGCACCGGCCCUGAGCCAAGCUCCUCCGGCCCUGCUACCUCGUCUACCGGCACUGGCGGCCCUAGCAGCACCGGACCCAGCAGCACCGGCCCUGAGCCAAGCUCCUCCGGCCCUGCUACCUCGUCUACCGGCACCGGCGGCCCUAGCAGCACCGGACCCAGCAGCACCGGCCCUGAGCCAAGCUCCUCCGGCCCUGCUACCUCGUCUACCGGCACUGGCGGCCCUAGCAGCACCGGACCCAGCAGCACCGGCCCUGAGCCAAGCUCCUCCGGCCCUGCUACCUCGUCUACCGGCACCGGCGGCCCUAGCAGCACCGGACCCAGCAGCACCGGCCCUGAGCCAAGCUCCUCCGGCCCUGCUACCUCGUCUACCGGCACUGGCGGCCCUAGCAGCACCGGACCCAGCAGCACCGGCCCUGAGCCAAGCUCCUCCGGCCCUGCUACCUCGUCUACCGGCACCGGCGGCCCUAGCAGCACUGGCCCCAGCUCUUCUGGUCCUGCUACUUCUUCUACUGGCACUCCCGAGCCUAGCAGCACUGGCCCCAGCUCUUCUGCUCCUGCCACUUCUUCUACUGGCACUCCCGAGCCUAGCAGCACUGGCCCCAGCUCUUCUGGUCCUGCCACUUCUUCUACUGGCACUCCCGAGCCUAGCAGCACUGGCCCCAGCUCCUCCGGCCCUGCCACUUCUUCUACUGGCACUCCCGAGCCUAGCAGCACUGGCCCCAGCUCCUCUGGCCCUGCUACCUCGUCUACUGGCACCGGCGGCCCUAGCAGCACAGGCCCUAGCAGCACUGGUCCCGAGCCUAGCAGCACUGGUCCCAGCUCUUCUGGUCCUGCCACUUCAUCCACAGGCACCCCCGGAUCUAGCACCACUCCUGGCGGCAGCAGCACCACUCCCGGCGAGACUUCCACACCCCCUCCCACGACUUCGAGCACCGCUCCCACAACGACUCCUUGUAACCCUGGCUCGGCUAGCUGCACUGACGUCCCUGGUGGUACUAAGACUUGCCCCCCUGGCACCUCUAACAGCUGUACACCUAUCGUGCCUCCCACUAGCACUGGUAUUCCUCCCUCGUCGAGCACUCAGUCUCCUCCUACUACUACCACCGAGGUUCCUCCUCCCACAACGACUCCUUGUAACCCGGGCUCGGCCAGCUGCACUGACAUCCCCGGUGGUACUAAGACUUGCCCUCCUGGCACCUCUAAUAGCUGCACACCUAUUGUGCCUCCUACUAGCACCGGCAUCCCGCCCUCUUCCAGCACCGGCGUCCCGCCCUCGUCCAGCACCGGCAUCCCGCCCUCUUCCAGCACCGGCGUCCCGCCCUCGUCCAGUACCGGUGUCCCUCCCUCUUCCAGCACCGGCGUCCCGCCCUCGUCUAGCACUGGCGUCCCGCCCUCGUCCAGCACCGGCGUCCCGCCCCCGUCCAGCACUGGAGUUCCUCCGUCGUCAAGCACUCAGUCUCCUCCCACUAGUACCAGCGUUCCUCCUGCUACAACGACCCCUUGCAACCCUGGCUCAGCUAGCUGUACCGACGUUCCUGGAGGUACCAAGACCUGCCCCCCGGGCACUUCUAACAGCUGCACACCUAUUGUCCCUCCUACUAGUACUGGCGUUCCUCCUACUAGCACCGGUGUACCUCCUUCGUCUAGCACUGGUGUGCCGCCCUCUUCUACCGGGGUCCCUCCGUCCAGCACUGGUGUUCCUCCCUCUAGCACCGGCGUGCCUCCCUCCAGCACCGGUGUUCCUCCCUCCAGCACCGGUGUUCCUCCCUCCAGCACCGGUGUUCCUCCCUCCAGCACUGGCGUGCCUCCCUCCAGCACUGGCGUGCCUCCCUCCAGCACUGGUGUUCCGCCUUCUUCCACCGGCGUCCCGCCUUCUUCCACUGGCGUCCCGCCUUCGUCGACGCCUGGGCCGUCCACUACUGUUCCUCCCACGACGACUACCAAGCCGUCUACUUUCACCACUUCUACCCUGUGCCCCGUUGUGAUUACGCCCACUCCCACGGCUUGCGCCAACCAAGUCGGAGACUGGUGCCCUAAGCCCGAGCCUGAGUGGACCGAUGCCGUCGGAUGUCUUGCCGCCGCUGCCUCUUGUGCUCUCCAAGUUCCUGUCUGCUUCCUUCAUGCUGGCCUGUUGAACACUGCCGGCUGCUUCGAUUACGCUCUUCGUUGCAAGCAAAUCAAGCUGUGCUGCCUCAACUGUGUCAAGGGCGGCUGCAGCAAGCAGACUUGCGAUGUCACUCACAAGGAGCCUCCCACCGUCACCACUACUCUUGGACCCUGCACUUCCACCACACCUACGCCCACACCUACUAUUUGCCCCCCCAGCCCCGAGAACAUUUGCGUCGAGGGUUCCAGCUGGCUGCAUAAGUUUGGCCCUGGCCACCCGGUUUGCGGCGUUCCUCUGCCCAUCGUUUCUUGCAACGAUGACGCUAAAACUUGGGGUAGCGGUGCCUUCAAGCUGUACGACAACUCGGACAGCAGCAAGUGCCCUAUCUUCCCCAAGCCUAGUGUCAGCAAUGCUUGCCAGGCUGCUUGCAAGUACCAGCUCGACCAGUGUCUGGCGACCAACGAGCUCACCUGCAUCUUCAACAAGGCUGAUGGUCUCUUCGGCCGCGGAUUGGAGCAGUCCCCCGCUGAUAAUCUCAAGACCCACGACAAGCGUACCUUCGGUCUUAUCAAGGAUCUUAUUUGCAAGAAGCAGUACGCUGCUUGUUACCUGGCCAAUAAGAGCAUCGACACCAGCAAAUGCAAGAACUAUUGCGAGAAAUAG